GGCUGCAGUGUCCCUGCCUAGCACAGUGCUCUUCUUUUCCUAAGAAAAGCCACAACACUUGUUUUGUGUGUGGGACACUGGGACUCUCUGGCCACAACAUGAGUGCAUGAAGUUAAAGCAUCUCAGACUGUAUGAAGGGAGAGGGAGAGGUCCCUGGACUUCCAGUGCUACUUACUCUGCAACUUGCAACCUUGACUGAAGUCUGUGAUCAUCCCAACAAGACUGGACCAGUUUGGAUUUAAUACAGAGAAAGAUUCUUGUAUUAACAGCUUCUUCAAAACUGAAACCUCGUAGGGAGUUUAAUAGGUGCUUGAUCUUUCUGGAAUAUUGAUGGCACUGAUGGAUGUGUGAUGUAUAUGAAGGACAAGACUUGGAUGUCAAAGGCAGGACAGCAGACAGUGGUGCAGAGUCACUGGGAAUGUUACAAGCAACAGAAAUCUGCAAUGCCUGCCUGGACUACAGAGUUGUGGCUUUCUUCUGAACAUGGGAAAAGGAGCUCUCUAAACUGCUGAGCACUGGUGUAAAGCAUUUGCAUCCCAGCAAGGAGCUCACAUAAGCUGUAUCCACACUGAAUGCAAGCAGUGUCUUGUGAGACAUCCCUGAAUUGGCUGGAGGUUCCACAUGGUUGUGCUGCCAUGCAGAGGGACUGGCCCAGGCUCUGGGAGCAGGAUGGCUGCUCACCCCUCCCCAUGGAUAGACAUCUCCUGAGACCUCUUGGCUCCAUUUCCCUGUUUUAGUGACCAGCAUGCAUCUGACCCUGUAAUAUUGGAAAUUGCCUCAAAAACUGGCUGGCCCCUUACAGCUGGUGGUUGAAGAUGGGGGCAGUGUAGGAGCCCUCUGAAGAAUAUUAGCUGCAUGCUCCUGAAAGUGGCUCUGAAGAACGUCAGGAUAGAGGUUCAUGCUUGCUUUUGCCUCAGUCCAUCUCUUCAUCACCACAGACUGCUCACAGCCAGAAGGUCAAACAGACUGCUUGGGAAGAUAUGAAUGCUGCAGUUUAUGAGCUAUGUGAUACAGGGGCCUGUCAUCUCCUCAUGCCCAUGUGAUUCAGCAUCCUACUGGCUGUGAGGUCACUUGGUAGUUUGGCACCACCACACUUGGCUGGCUGGUAGCUCCAGUCUCACAGCAUCCAGAGAAACGUUCAGCCACUUGGAGCCUCUGGCAUUUAAAACUGAACUUGUCAAACAUACUCUUCAUCCCUAUGAGCUUGUUUCAUACAGAGCCCACUUGGUCAGUGGGUGUUAGAUCUUCCCUCUGAAGACAGAUAUUGAAUUGGUUACUUCCACUGUGGGUUGGAGUUGGUGAUUGUGUUUGCCCACCACAUCCAAGUUAAUGGUGUGCCAAGGAUAGAUGUGAAGCAGGUCUUCAGCUCCAUAUUGAUGUGGUAUCUUCUUAACUCAUCGCAACGCCUUGAGCCCACAGCAGCACAGGAUAUGGAGGCUCUGGAAGUGGAUGACAUUAGCCCUGCCUUGGAAGUGACUGAAGACUUUUUCAAUAGUUUUGAUACUAAGCUUGAAAAGAUUGUGCAGCCCUCUGAGGUGUAUGGUCUGCAGGAGGUCCCAGAGCUGGUUGGGCAUGAGGUAUUUGAUCAGAUAACAGAGAGCAGGAACCUGAGGAACGUCGCCUCCUUAGCCAAAAGUAGCCUCAUCUGGGAUCACUGCAAAAAUGGCCUCUUGGAAACCAAAGCUCAGACAGUGUUCCCUGCCAAAGACCAGUGCAGGGUGCAGAGGGGAACAGCUGCUGACAACCUUGCUUGGGCAGGGGAAGGGGAGACCACAGCUUUUAAUAUCUUCAAGAUCUGCCAGCGGCGGAGAGAUAGGCCUCGCUCAGUGAAUGACAUCCUGGUGGAGAAUGAGGAAGCCUCCAUCUUCAAACCAGGUCACAACAGGUCACGCUCUGAUAUCAGCCAUGUCAACUGGAGAGUGGUCUUCACAGGCACCUCCCUGCAGCAGCCACCUGCACCUGGUCAGGACAAUAGCUGUGCUCUGCUUUCCUACCUGACACUAACCAAGGGAGAGGAUAUCCAAGGAAACACAGAACACAAGACAGUGUUCUCAAAUCUUCUGAAGAAGGGAUACUUGGAAGUUAGAAGAGACAAUGACAGCUGCUGGCAAACCUGUUACGCUGAACUGUCUCAGUACAAACUGUACCUGUACUGCUUGGACAGCAGUGGCAACCAGACCCUUCCCACUGUGUAUCCACUCAUGCGUUUUCAAAGGGUCGCUGUUACCGGUGGCAUUGAAACCAAGGUGGUGGACACUGUCCUGUCAGACAGCUCACAGCUACAGCUGAAGGCUGAGUCCUCAUGGGAGACUUUGGACUGGGGACAGAAACUUUGGGAAGCGGUGCAUGCUUCUGGGCCUGCUUUUACAAGACAGCAGGAGAAACUGGAGAAUGUGCCAAAGCCUGAAAAUAACAGUGAACUUUCUCAAACUAAUGGAGUAUUAGAGAAGCCUAUGGAGCUCUUCCUGUCCAUGAAUUUGACUGAAAACACUAAAGAGUACCAAAAUAUUCUGAAAUCAGGGACUCUUUACAGGUUAACUGUCCAGAAUAACUGGAAGGCAUUUACUUUUGUCUUGAACAGGUCUUAUCUCAUGGCAUUCCAGCCUGGUAGGCUUGAUGAAGAUCCCCUGCUGAGCUACAAUGUGGACGUGUGCCUGUCAGUCCAGACAGAUACUCAGGAUGGCUGUGACUCUUGCUUUCAGGUCAUUUUUCCCCAGGAUGUGCUGCGCCUGCGAGCAGAGACGCGCCAGAGGGCCCAGGAGUGGAUGGAGGCACUGAAAGCAGCAGCCAAUGCCACUCGAAGUUUGACUCAGAACCCACAGGUCACGCUCAGGAACAAGCCUGGAGAUCGGCCCUUUGGAAAUGAUCUUAGAAAGACCAAGCGCCAGUCUGUGACCACCAGCUUCCUGAGCAUCCUGACCACACUGUCUCUGGAGAGAGGGCUCACAGUCCAGAGCUUCAAGUGUGCAGGUUGUCAGCGCUCCAUAGGUUUGUCCCAUGGGAAAGCCAAGGUGUGCAGCUACAGUGGAUGGUAUUACUGCAGCACCUGCCAUGUGGAUGACAACUUCCUUAUCCCUGCACGGCUGGUUCAUAACUGGGACACUUCCAAAUACAAGGUAUCAAAGCAAGCCAAAGAGUUCCUGGAAUAUGUUUAUGAGGAGCCAUUAAUUGAUAUCCAGCAGGAAAAUCCCAUGUUGUACAACCAUGCUGAACCUCUGGCAACUGUUGUGCGCCUGAGGCAGCAGCUGAAGUCCCUGCGAGCCUACUUGUUCAGCUGCAGGGCAGCAGUGGCUGAAGAUCUGCGUAGAAGAAUCUUUCCCAGAGAGUAUCUUCUUCAACAAAUCCAUCUUUAUUCUCUGGCAGACCUUCAGCAGGUUAUUGAAGGAAAGCUGGCUCCUUUCUUGGGGAAGGUGAUCAAAUUUGCCACCUCUCAUGUGUACAGCUGCAGCCUUUGUAGCCAAAAGGGUUUCAUCUGUGAGAUUUGCAACAAUGGAGAAAUCCUUUACCCCUUUGAGGACAUUUCUACAAGCAGGUGUGAAAGCUGUGGUGCAGUCUUCCACUCUGAGUGCAAAGUGAAGGCUGUACCGUGCCCCAGGUGUGUGCGUAAAGAAUUGCAGAAGAAGCAGAAAUCCUUCUGGAGGCAACUGAAUAUGGACGAGAACUUCGAAGAGUCUUGCAACAUGUUUGAAUUGUCAUAUCAGAACACAUGAGGUCCUUAAGGCAGUGACCAGCCUGAAGAGAAUCCCUCUCCCAGCUGCCAGCUCAAGCAAAUUCUCUGCUUAGACAGGCAGAAAUUGUUUUGAAAAAUACCUGACCUUCUUCAUCUGUGAAAUAAGAGCUGCCAAAGUGGCCAUAAAGCCUUGUUGGCUUUGAAAUACCAAUGGCUAAACUGCAUUGAAGUCCAGCCUUUAGCUCUCAUACAAAAUGUGGUUUAUGAGAAAUGCUUUAGGAUUAGCUAAUUAAGUACCCAAUUGUCUUUUCCAUCUCUGGAGAACACUUUAUCUCAAGGCAGAAAAUAUUUGCUGUCAUGACUGCAUUAUUUUUUAUGUUGUUCACUUAGAGUUGAUGAAUCAUUUACUUAUUUAUGUGUAUUAUUUAUUUAUUAGUAGCCUUGGCAGGGGUUCUAGUAAGGUGUUUCACAGAACCCAAUAGAGCAGGAAUUAUUUUAAAUCCACUGUCUCCUUCUGAUAUGGACAUGUGGUUCCAUUUCGUCAUGUUUUCAGAGAACUAUCUUAAAGGAUCAGUGCAUUCACAUUUUAAAGGAUCUCCCAUUAAACCUUAUUCAGGGUGCUUGCAAACAUAAGACACAGAAUAAUUCUUUCAGUUAUGUUUAUAUAUUUAUAACCACCCCAGUGAACUACUCCAUAUUCAGAUAAACAUGGGACUUGUUGCUCUUUUUGUUCAGGCUGGAAAUAUCAGUUAAGCUCUGUCACUGGAGUCCUUUGAGAUUUGUGCUGGUUACUCUUGAUUUAUGGGAGGCUGUGUCCUUGUCUGUAGUAACAUGAUGUUGGUUCUUCUCCUUCCAGUCUGAAACUUUAGGGCAUUUUAAGUGUUCACAUUGGUUUUCUUUUUCUUUCCUGAAGUUUACUUCAAAUGUUUUUCUAAUCUGAGCCUGUUAAAUUGAUAGUCAGGCAAGUGGUCUUGCCCAUUUUAGUUAGCAAAUACCUCCAAAAUUGUGAAACACUACUUUGCUGUUUUCAUGUGCUACUUGUGUCCUGCAUUCUCUCUGAGCUCCGACACAUUUAUAGUUCUGUAAUGACUUCCAUGGUGGACAGUGGAGUUCCUCGAGGUGUGAUUCUUCUUCACACACCUGGAACACAGGGAAGUAUAAAACACAGUGAAUUAUUUUGUAAAGGGAAGUCCAUGAUGGAUUUAACUGGGCAGGUGUGUAUAAUUUCUGGCAGUAUGUUUAAUUCAUGGCAAGUUCACUUCCAAUGAGCAGUUACAUUGUCUUACCCCCAUUUCACAUUGCUGACUCUUUUCCACACCCUGCAGUGAUUUGUGUAUUACAUACUUAUGAAAGCAUUCAUAUAUACACACACACAUCUAUAUAUAGAAAGUAAAUAUGGUUUCAGAAGAAUAAUGCCAGUUGCAUGUGUAUUUUUCCUCUCCUCUCUCAUAGGUUUGUGAAAAUAUGGAAUACUGAUUUUUACUUCCUAUAUAAUCUACAGACUGUUGUAUUCAAGGCAGAAAGCAGUUUUGAUUGUUGAAGCAUCUCACUAAUUGCUGAAGUAUUUUAAAUGAAAGAACAGGGUACAUCAUGCUUACAUUAAAAGGUAAAAUGCUACAAUGAGUUGCCUUGUACUGGAAUAUAAAUGGUUACCUUUUCCAGCCUCCAGUCAAAGAAGAAAGUAGCUUUUUCAAAUUUGAGUGCAACUACUAUAUAUAUAUAUAUAUAUAGAUAUAGAUAUAUAUAUAUAUAAGCAUGUUUAUAUCUCUACACAUUAGACAACCAGUGCCUUUCUUUUGCAGAAAUCCUUCUUUCAUUGGGAUUCUUUAGAAGGAAGUGAGGGUUUUUCCAUGUGCUUGGCAAAGUGCUGUAGGGAUUCCCAUACUUAAUAAACCUGGUGAAUCAUGCACCUUUGUCACUAAAAUGAAUACUUCCCAUACACAAUGGUGUCUCUGUCUCAGCUCACUGUUCCUCAUGUGAAAUGAGUUGCUUUUGGCUAUCACCUUUAAAGGUAUAAUGUUCCUUGCAAAUCCAUUCCCAUGCAAAGAAUUCCCUGUGUGUUCAGAAAUGCAAACACUGGGGAAGUAUUGUGGAAUUAGUCAGGCAAACAGGAACUGCACUGGUACUGGCUGAAUAAACAGAACGCUCCCAUGUUGUUCAGCUUGUGUCACUACAAUUACUGCUGUGGCAAAGCCAGUAGCUCUGAAGCUGUCAGCAUCUGGCAGGUACUAUUUUGAAUUAUCUGUAGACAUAAUGUUAGGUCAUUAAAGAAAAAAUGGUAAUGUUUUUCGUAUCAUCAUGCUCUGGUAUUCAUAGACUUCCCAGUGCUUGUUCAUGUCCAGCUCAGUUUGGAGAAGACUGCUUAAGUGCACUGUCAAAAACCAUGUGGAGUCAAGGAAUCAAGGUUCAGACAUUGCAAAAUAUUAGUUACUUUGAUAGAUGUCCUAUCUCCAAAGUACCAGUCAUGUGCAUGGUUAGAUAUUGGAAUUGAAUGUUGGAAUAACAACAUACACAGCAUUGGAGUUGCUCUGGGUUUGUACAGGUUCUACAGAACAGUUUCUUUGCUAACAGAGAUUUAAAGGAUAAAAAAGUAUGAUGUUGGCAAAACUGCUGAAAUUAGUAAUGGGUCUGAAACCACUGCCAUUACAAAUGACAUAGAGCAAGAGCAUGUUAUGAUAUUCUGUCAGUGCCCAGAGCUUUAUGUAAAAGGAUACUGUACAAUACAGAUCAUGCUAUUUGCUUUAAAAUCCAGUGUUGCUGUAAACCAGCUAGUUCCUAAAAUAAACAGACAUUCAUUUCUACUUUGGAAAAGUGAUACAGCUUCACAGUAGCUCUAGGAGCAGGCUGUAAUGUGAAAGAUGAUGUCCUCUCAGGGAUGCCUAGCUCCUAUCCAAAACCAGUUACUCUUUAUGAAGUAAAGAUAAGUAUUCUGUCAGCAAUUUUUGUAAGCAUAAAGAAAGGCUUAGUCCUGCGCUCAGUCGAUUUUCUUGCAGGAGCCAUCUGCAAGCAGGAGCCUCAGCCUGGGGUUCGGCAGGUGGUUUGGGUUUCAGACACCACUGUACCCUCACAUAGUUGUCUCUGCUAUAUUACCAGUGCUCUGUGCUGGUCCCCACUGCUGCUGUCUGCCCAUUCUGCAGCCCACAGCCUGCACGUGGCUCUGCUCUGCAGACUGCUGGAUGAGCAUCAGCUGGGAAAGUUCCUGGGGGCUUUGCAGGUUGCACGACUCUGCCCGCACCCUCCCCCCACCCCAGGUGAAAUUAUGCAUUAGUACUUCAGUCUUUGUCCUACCCAGGCAUGAAAUAAAUUUAAAUGAUGCCAUUUCGUUGUGAAUCAAAAAUAAAAUAUGCUGUUUGUCUUCUUCAAAGAGAAGAUGCUUUAAUAACUGACUGAGAAGGAAUUGAUCUGUAAUCCAGUUACUGCUUUUGCUUUGUACAGAAUUUGUUAUCAGUGUAAAAAUAGGAUGCUUCACUGCAGUGGACCAUGGCUUCACUCUCUAAAGGUACUUACACUUGUUAGUCUGGUAUUAUUUUAAUCUAGGACACUAUUGAGACCCUUAUUCAAGUUGCUUUUCCUCUUUACCCUAACCAUCUACCUUUCCUUUAAUGGGAAGAUGGGCCUACUUAGGGGAUGCAAACUGCAGCUCUUUUUGUAUUAUCAAUCUAUAAAAAGAUAGAUUUGUAUUUCUUGUGUAGGAAUCCUCCUGCUGCUUUUCUUGUUUUUUGUCUGUCUUAUGUGGUGGAAAAUGAUGUGUUCCUGAUGUGACAAAAUAUCUUGGCUGGCACAUACCAAUAUGAGCUCACUGUUGGGAUCCAUAGGAAGUGGUAGGUAUGAGGGAAGGUACUCUUUUGAGAGGAAUUUUAAGUUUUUUGCAGCACUGCACAGGCUCUGAUGGUCCUGUUAGGAAUGAAUAGUCAGGGUAUCUCUAGAGCUCCUCUUGUCAAGGCUUCUCUUAUUAUUAGGAUAGUGUGUGUAUUAUAAUAGAUUGAUAAUAAUGUCUUGAAAGAUUUUUUAAAAGAGCAGAGAAUGUCUGUUUACAAUUAAAUGGGGAAGCUACCCAGUUGAAUUUUGCUUUUUCCCUAAGUUUCCUAAGCUUCCCAAAGGUCACUGCCUGGAUUGCAGCUGACUGUUGAUCUGUAUAAAAAAAUUAAUUAAAUAAUAUAAAUUAAAUAAUCAUCAUAAUCUUCUAUUUUUUUUUCCUGCCACUGAGUUGCAAGCCAGUCUCCCCUCUCUCUCCACUGUCUGUCCCCCUCCUCAUUCACAGUACUGAGCCUCUAGCCAGGCUUGGAGCUUCAUAGGUCAUUGUGUUGCUUUUGAACCAGUUGAGUCCAGUCAUUCUCUCCUUUGUAAUUUGCCUUCCAAUUUUCCCUUCCCAGUAGGAGUGCCUUACAGUACAGUAUAUUAGUGUCUCUCUUCCUGUUUUGGAUUUCCUGAUUGCAUCUGCUGUUUUAUUAACUUGUAGACUUAAACUGAAAUGCUUCUGUGGCUGGGCCUGUUCUUUUCAAGGAGCAGCCGAGUAAAUCAGUUUGCUUGUUCUGCCCUCAUGAAGUUAGUUCUACAGGCUUCAUGUACCAGUUCUGAAGACACCAAGCUGUGUGGGAACUCCUCAUUUUUGCUCAUUUUGGUGCCUUAAAUUUUGAGAAGUGAAUGAUUUUUUUACAAAUGCUCUGCCAUGAUGCAAUGUGUUUGGCAUUGGAGCUUAAAACCCUUGCUCAUGACAGUUUCCAUCGUGCUAGGAAUGGUAACCAUAAAAUUGUUUACUGUCUAUGCUUUGUGAGGCCAUUAUGAGAGAGGAUAGCAUGGAGAUGGUAUUGGUUCUUGUUAAGUGUAUUUUUGAGAAUUGCUGAGCUGCUUAGCCUGAGAUGCAGUUGUGCAAGACCUUCAGAAGCUGUGCAUAUAUAAUAAUGUCAGGUACAGAGAAUUAAAGGAGGGUCAGGUCGCAUGCAGUUUUGCUUCUCUCAUACCGGGCCCCCUGCUUACUUGCACAGCUGGGUCCAGUGCUGUGGGAGUGAAGCUGUUUCCUCAAAGCUCAAUUUUAAUGCAGCCUGGCUCCCUGAAGGCUGACCCACUGAGGGUUUGGUCAGCCUCACCUCAGAGGGUUAACCCACUGAAAUUUUAGCAGUAUUUGCUAAUGUGUGUGGCAUGUGUCAGCCUGGGGCACAAGCCCAUACUACCUGUGAUUUUGUAAGUCCACAUUUGACACCAGUAGCAGGAAUCCCCUUAGCAGCAGCAGUGCUGUUACUGCAUUUUGGCAGUACAGCGAGGAGACAGCCUGGAUAACAAUGUGCAAAGUCCUUCUUUACUUGAAGACCCUGGUGUGACCGUGAUGGCUUGAGUCAUAUGUUAAAAUUACAAUUUCACCCAAAUUCCUUAGGGUGACCAUUAAUCCAAAUUGCAGACAUGCCACUUGUGGUCAGCAUCAGAGAUAUCUAGGUCUGGAGAGCUAUCAGCUGUCUAGGACCAAUGUGUAUUAGACUUUGUGCACAAGUGGCUCAAUUAUUUAUUUAUUUAUUCCUGUCUAAUCCACAUGUUAAACCGUUAUGAAUCCUUGAAUACACAGCAUUGUUUUGGUGGGAAAAGGAUUUCUUUCAGUUUGCUUAUGCACUUGUCCACCAAGUUGAUUUUGCUUAAACUAAACUGUGCUUUCAGUUUUGAUUUUUAAUUAAUACCUGUGAUACCAAGUUACCUUACAUGAGUCCCUGCUAUACUUGAGGUAAGCAGAAGUAAAUUCAUGAGCAAAAUGUGUGUUUCUUAGGUAUUAAGUGAUAAAGGCAGCUUCCAAAUCAACUUUAGCUCAGUCAAUGCAGUUAAAAGCCAGGGAGAGCCUGGUGUGAGCAGCAGAGCACAGUGGCUGAUGUGUCCCUGGCAGCCUGGGCUUUCUUUCCUGCCAGAGCACCAGCUCACCUGCACCACUUACAUGAAUUUUAGCAUUGCUGGCAGUGCACCCUGAGUUUUUGGAAUACCCUUAUGUGUGUAUGCUACUGUGUUAACUUAUUUGCAACAUUGUUAUAUGUGUUUCAUUGUUUCAAUUGUUGGUUUGUUUUUUUACUUUUGACAAGAAUAUUUUUUUAAUUAUCUGCAACUACUGGGCAAUAGUCUUAAUUUAUUAUUGAUGUGUAAUGAUGUUAUAAUUUAAAUCCAUUGAGUUGAAUUGCUUGUUGACACUUGAGCAGGAUUUAUUUGGGUUCACUUGUGACUGCAUCGGAGCACCAGUCCCUCCUGUAUAAAGGCAACUCUCAAUAAACACUAAAAAAUGUUA